CCCGUUCUUCAGAAGAUUGAAGACACCUCGCUGACCCUCCACGAAGCAGCCAAGAAGGGGGAUCUCGCAGCCGUCCAGCAGUUCUUAGACAAGAACAAGCCCCUGGAUGCGCAGGACUUCAAGGGGAUCACUCCGCUAGGCUAUGCCAUCGGUGCCAACCGCUUCCUGGCUCAAAUAGAGCCUUGCAUCGCCGUGGUGAAGAAGCUCUUGGACAGCAGGGCAAACCCAUAUGCUGUGGACAGCUCCGGUAACUCCGGCCUUCACUACGCCGCCGGCUACGGAAGAAGGGAGCUGGUCGAGUACCUCCUGAAGGUCGGGGCCAAUGUGAGCCAACCCAAUGUACAGGGCAUGACACCACUGGCAGUGGCGUUCCUACUUCCCCUUCUUCGAGUUUACAGCUUCAUCGAGCAAUUUCUUUUUGAAGCCAGUGGAGUGGACCAUGACAUCCCGGUGACUGUGCCCAAAGCGCACAGCGCAAAGCACCGAGCAAUCCCUGUGUUCGGCUGUCUCCUCCAAGCGGGCAACAUGGCCACCGAGACGCUGAAGAUCAGCGAUGGCAGCACCAUGGAGAUCUGCAGACUCCCAGAUGUGGAUGACGAAACAUGGGCGGAGGUUCGUGCCUACGUCGAGAGCAACCCAGAGACCGCAAAGUCCUUGAAGAGCUUUGCGAAGAAUCCGGAUGCCAUGAGAGGUUGGCUGCAGACCCAAGCCAUCGCAGAGCACUACAGCAACAAGAUGGCCAGCGGCGACACCCCG